AUGCCUGCGCCAACAGCACUUCGUCAGCCCGUCGAGGCUCCCACCGCCCAGAUCCCCAUCCAGACCGAGCAAGAGGACGAGCUCAUUCUCGACGUCAACGAGGCCGCCAACCUCACCGAUCCCAGCGCCGCCGCUCCCCCUUCCAACGACCAAGAUGUGCAGAUGGCUGUCGACGAGGAGGGCCGCCCCCGUUUCGCCCCCGGCCAGGACGUCCAGAUCAUUCGCCGCGCAGAGACCAGAAAGAUCGGCAUCCCGCCAAACCGCAUGUCGGCUCUCAAGGCCAACUGGACCAAGAUCUACCCCCCACUCGUAGAGCACUGCAAGCUCCAAGUCCGCAUGAACAUCAAGGAGAAGCGCGUCGAGCUCCGCUCCAGCAGACACACCACCACCCCCGAGUCCCUGCAGAUGGGCGCCGAUUUCGUCUCCGCCUUCGCCAUGGGCUUCGACAUUGACGACGCCAUUGCCCUGCUCCGUCUCGAUUCGCUCUAUAUCCAGUCCUUCGACGUCAAGGAUGUCCGCCAGACCCUCGGCCCCGAUGCUUUGGGACGUGCGAUUGGUCGUAUUGCAGGCAAGGACGGAAAGACCAAGUUUGCGAUUGAGAACGCCACAAAAACCAGAAUCGUCCUCGCCGGCUCCCGCGUCCACAUCCUCGGCGCCUUCGAGAACAUUGGCAUGGCCCGCGAGUCCGUCGUCUCCCUCAUUCUCGGUCACCAGCCCGGCAAGGUGUACAACAACCUCAGGAUCAUUGCCUCGAGGCAAAAGGAGAGAUUCUAA